AUUUCUGCGCACAACCUAAAUAACACGACAUUCCGAGAACCGAGUGACAAAUUCCUUGCGAUAACUCAGAUUUUGAGGCUGCAAACGAACGCGCUAUGUACAAUGGCAUCGCCUGUAAAAAGAGAAAUGGUAUACAUUGAGGACCCCCUUGCACUUACUCAAGCUGAUGUAAAACAAGAGAAUUCGUUCGAUAUAACAACAGAAUGCAGCAUAGAAGACAACAGUUCACAAGAUUGGCAAAACUCAGUCCUGAUAAAGGAGGAGAUUGAGAUUGCAGAGGGCUGGGAACUAGCUGGAGAAGAAGCAAGUAUAUAUUUCGAACCAGAGAUGUGCAUUACAGAGGACCAGUGGACACUAGAGAAUUUGCAGGACAAAUUUCCUAAUGGAGAAAAUAGGUUAGCUGCUCAAAGUAAUCAGAAGGAGAGCUGUGGUGAUGAUAUUGAAGUCAUUGACUUGGCCUCUGAUGAUAAUGUUGAGGAAACAACAAUGGAUGUUAAACCUAAAACUGCUCCGAUACUGCGCCGACUAUUGGAACAGGGCCCGGCGUGGGACGAACCCGGGCCGGAGGAGGAGCCUGCAUUCUCCUGCAAGCAGUGUGGUGCGGCCGCUGAGAGUGCCUCGGAGCUGGCGACGCUGUGCGCGUGGCACACUGGCGAGCGGCCCUUUUCGUGCACGACCUGCGAAAAGCGGUUCGCUACACGGGUGCAGCUCUGCAUACACAGCAUCGCGCACUCGCGGGGGCAGCCCUUCCCCUGCCUCGUAUGCGGCGAGGAGAUAUCGCGGAUGGCCCACUUCCGCCACCACAUGGUGCUGCACGACGACUCCAGGAACCGCCCACCCCGGCGCUGCCUCCACUGCCGCCGCACUUUCCGCGGGGACCGUGAGUGGCAACGGCACCUGCUGCGUGCGCACCGCAUCAACCGUCGCUCUUCUGUGAGCCGAGCACAACCCGACAGUCCGAAAACACCUGUUGGGAGCUGCUGCCACUGUGGGCGGGAAUUCACAAACAGGGGAGGCUUGCGUCGGCACGAGCUGGCUUGCAGCAAUGGCAACAUGCUGCUCAAACAAGAGGAAUGUAACACAGAGGGACUAAGAAUCGACAUAGACAGGAUUAUUCACCAGCAGGAUUUGUCUCUGGCGUGACAAGAGUCCGUGUCCUGUGUUCCUCGGCCGACUGUCGCAGAGCAGUCUACGUCAUUGCCAGUUCCUACAGGUGUGGCUGUGGCAGCACUGAGGAGGAAACUACAGGAUAAGAGUAGAAAUUACUCUGGUGAUCAGACAACUUGACUCUCUGUAAUAAACUCAAACACUUGCCUCAUCAGCUCAGAUCUCAAAAGGCUUAUUGCUUAGUCUUGUGUGUCUUUGUUCUUUGAUUGCCAUAUUCACAUCAUUUCUUCAAGAAAUGAUAAUGAUUGUGUCUUGUGUAAAGACAGUAUUUUUUAGCUUGGGUUUUUCCUGGAUUUUAUACAAGGGAGGAGAUUAUGUCUGUAUUGAAGAGAGUAGUUUACUUGUCAAGUGCCUUGCUUUAGCCAAAAUAUUUGCCAGGUGGUUUGAGAGAAAGAAGCUGUUGACUGUUAAUGUUGAACAAGUGUUUUGUUAUAAUGCAAAUAGUAGUGUAAAAUAAUGUGCAGUUGUAAAUUUAAAAUCAUUCAUUGUUCUUAUUGUUUUUGUGGAAAGACCAAAUGAACGGAUGCAUUGGGAAGAUACAAAUUACAUUUGAGAGGAAAAAGGUUCAAAUCUCUGUACAACUAUCCAGAUUUAGAUUUUCCACAGUUUCCAUAAAUUGUUUAAGUAAAAUCUUGAGAUUACUAUGUGAAGAGGACAUGGCCAAUUUCCUUCUCCGACUUGAAUUUUCGCUUCAUUUCUAGUAACCUCACUGUUGGUAGGACAUUAAAACCCAAUCUUCAUCUCACACUGUGGAAAGCAAUGUGUGAAAUACUAAUAUGAAAGGGCAGCAAGUUUGUUAGUUGCUCAUGACCUUUGUUGCUGCUCAGGGAUAGUGAGUAACUUGUGGAUUGCGCUCAAAUGCUCCCGAGUGAGGCAGCUUGGUGAUACUCGUAAUGGUAGCGAAAUC